CUGGUGCCAGGACAAAGCGCAGCACGCCGCUCCGCACGCACAUCCAACCGGUGUGAUGGUGCCUGCCUGAGGGACUGGGUUUUGCCAGGAACCCCCCCUGCAGAGGGGUGAGAGCAGGAGCAGGGUACCCCGUGUGCCACAAAGCACACUUCUGUUGACACCCUCAUCUGACCGGCUUUCCCCAGGUCGCGCAGCUGCUUGAUCCAAGCUUGCCAGGGUUCGACCUUGGUUUAGGUCUUGAUUUUUUUUUUUUGUCACUUAAAGGUGAAAGUUCAUUUUUAUUUGAGAAGACUUAGAAGUGCUCCUGCAUCCUUUUGUUUCCAAACAGCUUGCAGAAAGAAGGAGGGUGAUGUUACAGAUGGUAAAGCAGUGUGAGAAGGCAGCUGUGAAGUAAAGUGGAGAGGAAAUGUAGACGCGAAAGAUUUGAAACAAACAGCUCAUCACUACCAAGCAGAAAAUUUGGUCAAACCUGGUGGGGAAAACCGUUGAAUGUCCACCUGUCUAUGCCUUAGCUUAUUAAAAUUCCCAAAGUUGAUCUGCCAAAUGAAGUGCAAACAUUUAACUUCUACUUGUCAAAUGUUGGCAAAGAUAAUCCUCAGGGAAGCUUUGACUGUGUCCAGCAAACGAACUCAAGGAAAAAGAGUACCGGUCAGAAGACCACCACAAAGCAUUCCAGAUGCUGUGCCCGAGAGGAAGAGAUCGACACCCAUGAACCCUGCAAACACGAUUCGGAGAACUCACACACACAAUGCUGUUUCUCAGCGACCAUACAGGGACAGGGUGAUCCACUUACUGGCGCUGAAGAGUUACAAGAAACCAGAGUUACUUGCUCGCUUGCAAAGAGAUGGUGUCAACCAAAAGGACAAGAAUUCCCUUGGAAUUAUCCUUCAGCAGGUAGCCAACCUGAAUCCAAAGGAUAAUUCUUACACUCUGAAGGAUUAUAUAUUUAAAGACAUUCAAAAAGAUUGGCCUGGAUACAAUGAAAUAGAUAAACAGUCAUUGGAAUUAAUACUUUCUAGAAAAUUAAAUUCAUCUCAGAAUGCCACCAGCACCAGUCAUUUGGAAUCUUCUGUAACUUCUAAUGAUGAUGGUCCGUCAACUUCUUCUCAGAAACGACUUUUGAAUUCCGAUUUUAUCGAUCCUCUGAUGAACAAAAAGCAGAGGAUAUCUCACCUGAACAGUCGAGCCCAGCUAUCGUACGGUUGCUACUUGCCUGCCUCCGUCGAGAAAGCCACUGCUGCCCCUCCGCCGCCUCCCCCACCUCCGCCCCCGGCAGCCGCCACUACUUCUGCUCCUUUGCUGCUGCCUCCCACACUCCUUCCCACUUCUACCCCUCCUCAAGCUGUCAGCUCCACCUCAUCCAACACCCCUGAGAGGCGGGGGACACAAGACAUGUCAAUGGACAGCUUCAGUCAAAAUAGCAGUGGCGUCUAUCAGGACCAGCAAAAAAAACAUACCUCUCAGACUCUUUUCAGAAUCCCAGCGCCUCCCAAGUCCGCAGGCGAGAAGCGUACGGUGUUGCAGCAAAGGUCCAAGAAGGUACAAGAGUAUAAGGGGAAAGACGAAAGCAAAGUGCAAGACACUACAAGUGCAAGCAGGGAGGAGAAAGACCUUAAAAAAGAAGAACCUGCCAAGCUGAAAAAAUCCUCUGGUAUGGAUUCUGAUGAAGGAGUUAAAGAAACUUGCUCUGCCUCCAUAGAUGGUCCUUCAUCUAGCGAACAACCAGACUACUUCAAAAAAUACGUAGCUAUAGUCUCAUACGAGCAACGCCAGAGUUACAAGAAUGACUUCUAUGCCGAGUAUGAUGAAUACAGGAACUUGCAUGCUCGGAUAGAGAAUACCACCAGAAAAUUUGUGAAGCUUGAUGCACAACGCAAGCUUCUUUCUCCAGGGUCCAAAGAAUAUCAGAUGCUUCAUGAGGAAGUCUUAGAAGAGUAUCGAAAAGUAAAACAGUCUACCCCCAAUUACUAUGAAGAGAAGUAUAGAUGCGAGUAUCUCCACAACAAGCUGUCUCACAUUAAGAGACUCAUAGGGGAAUAUGACGAACAGCAAGCAGAGUCAUUGCACUAGUCUUCUGCUUUUACCAGGACAUGUGAAUGAACUGAAGUUUAUUUAUUUAAAACUUUAGAUUAGUUGCUCUAAGAUUCUAAAAAUUAGUAUCAAACUUUUGCAUUACAGAAGUUUCAGUAUUAGCAGACUUAAGUACUUUUGUUGUUGUUAAUGUUGCUUAUAUGUGUAUUUGAAGCUGCUUCUUCUGGUCCCUUCUUUUCUUCAAGACUUAUGUUUGUCCAUUGAAAUAAUUUUAUCAGUAGAUGCUGGGGAUACGGUACCUCUACCGAGAAGUUGUGCACAUUUUAAGAAAAUAUUGUAGCAAAUUGAAAUGCUUUUGGAUAAAUAUAAGGCUGUUUUCUGACCUUUCUUGUUAAUGUAAACUCUUUGCCUUAAAUGGUAGAAGGUUUAGAAAUUUGCACAGAAAAAAAAAAAAAAUCACAUUGUUUUGGAGGGUUAAAGAGGGAUGUAUAAGUGCUGUAUACAGCCCAUUUUGUUACAACAGAAACUCACCCUUGCAACUUAAACCCCCAUUGCAGUGGUUGCCUUAAGGUGUUUGCUUGUGUUUAUUUAGUGUAGUUAAAUUAUUAGCUACACUGCUUCCCACUUUGCUAAAGCACCUGGGAAGCACUAUGUGGCCUACUCGUGUCUGGAAGUGUGUGCUUGUAAUGUGUGUGUGCAAGAACGUGUGGGUGUGAACAUGUGUAAUGGGGAAAAAAAAAAAAAGCUGCUACUCUUAAGUAGGCCAAACGCUCAGGUUAAAACAACUGAUGAGUGUUGCUGUAGGUUUUUCCUAUAAAAUUGCUACUUCUAUUGUGGAAGAUGAGCAUUUCCAUUUCAACAGUUCGUCAGCUUUAAUAAUAUUGGGGAAAUUGAUACUUUACAAAAAUGAAGCAGAUAUAUAGUUUUCAGGCAAGAUUAUAAAAUUAAACAUGUAGGCUACCUAUUUAUAUACUACUAUAAAGUAUUUUUUGAAGAGAGAUAUGCAAAGAAGCUAUUGCCUACAUGAAAUAUAUAUUUAAAGAUUUUUGUCCUGGGUGCCAGGAAUAUAACAAAGAACAGAUGUAUUUAACUUUAAAUACUGUGAUCACUAAACAGCACAAACUUUCAUUUCAUGCAGUUUUUUGGUUUAUUUUGAUGUAAACCAUUGCUUGCUUUAUCAUGUGAAAACACAGGUUAUUUGGUCAAAAUUGAGCAAAAUCUUUGUGUGUCUUACUGUGUUCGUCUUUUCAAAAUGCUGCCAAUUGAAAAGGGAAGCAUUAUGUUUACAGAUCUGAUUGUGGAAUUUUUGCCAAAACGUUGGUAGUAUCACUAAUAGACUUUAUCUCCAGCAUCAAAAAUAACUGUUGUGUAUCAGUGUAAACCAGAAAAUGUUUGACUGCCAGAAAACAUGCAUUCAGGUAAAUGGGAGCAAUUGAAUUUUUGCCUUAAAUUUGUGGGUUCAAAGGCGUUAGAUCCGUGAAGAUGGAAUAGCAAGCAAGGUGCAUCCGUUUCCCGCUGCAUGACAGCGUUAUUUGUAUUACCUACUUGAGACCAAGUUGACUUUGGGUCCCUUGGGAACAGUACAGUUGUUUUCAGCUCCACAUUUCAAAUGGCAAAAUGAAGAGAAGCCACCUUGCUUCCCAUUAAGAGCUCCAUUCAUCUGGGUUUAACGCCUGAAUUCGGUCCUGAGCAUACACAGGCAGUCCUGCCCAGGUACAAACGCGGGGCGGGGGCUGUUAAAUUCACUGCCGUUCUGCCACAGCUGCACUGGGUUGUUAGCUAUCAACCUAGAAACGAAGUGGCUGUUAAAAUAACAUGAAGUUCUUGAUGUUGGGACCCAUUUCAGUAGUUCAGUGCUCUUUAUCUAAACUGCGUGCCUGGAUCUGACGUUAACUGCCAUUACGGGACACACAAUGCUGCUACAACUGUCUCGAUGUGUUGCGAUCAUUUGUAGUGCUACCACUGUAGAGCUGAGACGCGGUGCAGUUGAUUGGGUUUUUUUACCCCACUUUUUACCAUUGACCUGUAUUUGUGCGCAUCUUCUGGUUUACAGGCUGUGUAUGUAUUGCAGCUGGAGGUUAGUGCUACUUCAGAGGUCCAGCGCUGCAUGUCAUCAUCAGACCUGACAAACUACUGUAAAGGCCUUAAUUGAAGGUUUUGUCCAUUUGCAUUGAGCAUUUCUGAAGCCUUGCGAGUACACCCAACAGCCUAUGUGUUGCAAAAUAGUGCUGUAAAUUUACAUAUCUCUUGUUUCCCUGGAGUUGACAUUCCAGUUCAGCAGAAGUUGAGAGCCCGCUGAAGUGGGGCCUCUCUCCGUAUUAUUGCCUUUCCUGUAAAACUGGCCUGCUCGCUCAGAAACAAACGUUGCCCGUGGUGGCAUCUGGGCUGGGGUUACACUACUACAAAUAUGAAGCAAAUGAUUGAUGUAGAGAAGGGGCAGCCACACACGUCUCCUUCCUGGAAACUGUGAAUCUCACUACAGUUUAUAAAAAAAAAAAAUUAAAAAUACAUGGUUGAAAGGGAGGCAGUAGCCCUUUGCAGUUGGCUGAAAAAAACAUAGGUUAGGAGGAUUGGUUUUCAAUCUUGCUGGGGUUUGAGGGAGAGAAACUGUGCCCAAAGUAAAUAUUUUUUUUUAAUUGUAGAUACGCUCUAAACUAUCACUUGAAGCAGCUCACUUGACUGCUUUUAAUUCUUCAGUUCACCUUGUGUGUUAUCAAAAAAAUAUAAUAUUCAAAUCUUUUUGAAGUGUUUUGUAAAACAUGUAGACAAGUGUUGGAGGCAAGUUACUUCAACAGGUUUUAAACAGAAAUUGAGUUAAAGUGUUGAUAUUGUAACUUUGCUCAUUUGUUAGCUUUUUUAAAAUAGUAAUGGUACAACCAGUCUUUCUAGAUAUGUAAUGUUGAUUCAUGCAAAGACCUAUGGCUACUCUAAAGUAUAGUUCUUUCCGUAAGUUUACUAUCAUUUGUUUCUGUACCUGAUGGGGGAGGGAUGUGGCCAGCAAUUCCAUAACCACCUUUUGGGGAGGAUAUGAACUUGAUCAAGGGAGGACAAUAUUUGGGAACAUGAAGGCUUAAAACGGGGCUGUGAAUCCCCCUUUCUGACUUUGAGAGUAUUUUACAACUUUUUCAAUUGUUUCCAUAAAAACUGUAUUAAGACUCUGUACGUGAAACAUCCUGGGGCGUUUUGUUAAUGAACACUUGAGCCAUUGUUGCCCCCUCUGUUCUACAUCAAUUUAAGUUCAAUAAAAUGUUAACU